UCUGUCGACCAAUGCUACACCCUCUUUAACAGGUACUCGGCUCACACUCUCACAGGAAUGAAUUUUUCAUCCAAAGCGCCAGCUAACCAGAUUAAAACCUAGAUUUUCUUGACUCCUGAAACGACUUCUCAUUUCUUCUACUGGGAAAGGACAUUUAACAAACCUUUGAUGAGUGCACGAAUCUAACAGGUGCAGAAUGGUCCUAAGAGCUUGCAAGUUUGCUGUGUUUUGUGUAUUUUUCGCUAUCGCAGCCGCCCAGCAAGAAUACAAGACACAAUGCGUGCCGUCCACACCCCAGCAGAACGUGACCUUGGCUAGGGGCGUGGUUGCGGGCUCCUACACACGUCUGGGCCCGGUGGAUACUGUGGACCAGUGUAUUGACCUGGUGUGCUUAAGGGGGCGGGGCGACAGGGCCUAUAUCUUGGGAGACGUGUGUUACGUGGUAGUGUGUUUCAGUGUCGAGUCGUGUGAGGUCGCGGAGCUCCCCUUCAAUGAUGGCCUGAGGUCCGUUGUCGUCUACAUGGCCUGGAAAAAAAUCCCUCUCUCACCAACGCAAUCCCCUACAAAAAGUACGGGCACCACAUCACAAGGCAACGAGUGUUCGAACACGCAAUACGGAGGCGGUAACCCUAAUAAAGAAGAAAAACCUGAGGUCGGACCAGACGGUAAGGUAGCGAUGUCGGCCGAACACCGCCUACUUCAAGAUGUCCUGUACCAUAAUGAUUACGACAAAGAGGUGCGCCCAGUCAUGAACAACCACGAGCAACUGAAGGUGUACUUCGCUCUCAAGCUUGUCCAGAUUGUCGACGUGGACGGCAAGUCUGAAGCUGUGCGAGUGAACGUUUGGACGACACAGAACUGGAAAGACCCGUUCUUGACUUGGGACCCAAGUGACUAUGGGGGAAUAGAAGAAAUCAACGUCACACCUACCAUGGUCUGGCUGCCAAUCAUUAUUCUAUACAACAAUGCGGCUAAUGGAUUUGCUGGCGGUCCAGAAAAGUACAAGACGAAAGUGGUGAUCAACAGUAACGGAACUGUCAAUUGGUUUGCAGCAACUCAGUUCCUCUUCUCGUGUAAAAUCAACAUACGCUGGUUCCCGUUUGACGAACAGUACUGCUACAUGACAUUCGGUUCUUGGACCUUCAGCACAAAGCACAUGGAUAUGCUAACGGCUCAAGUAGAAGCGGACAUGUCUUCGUAUAUCAAGAAUGGCGAGUGGGAGGUGAUAAAGACACCUGUCACCGUACGCAAGGUACUCUACCCCUGCUGUGAGGACACCUUCUCUGAUAUUACCUACACUUUUCACCUCAGGCGCAAGGUGCGGUACUACGUGUUCAACUUGAUCAUCCCAUCUACCAUGAUCGUGGUUUUUUCUCUAAUCGGCUUCUGCUUGCCGCCCGACUCCGGAGAGCGCAUCACGCUUAACAUCACAGUACUACUGUCCAUCACUGUCUUCCUGAACAUCGCCUCUAACACCCUGCCGUCCACCUCGGAUAGCAUACCCCUUCUGGGCUACUUCUAUGCCAUGAUUAUGCUUGACGUAUUCUUUGCUAUCGUCGCCUCUACUAUUGUUUUAAGGUAUAACUACUGUGGCCAGACGAAAAUGCCGGAGCGGAUGCGUAUUAUCAUCAAUGAAUGGAUCGCGUCCAUGUUGUUCUUCGUCAUCACGAAGAAACCCGAGGACAAGGGAGUGAGGUCGUGCAUGACAAACGGCGAGAACCUGUGCGGCAUAACAGGAAGGGAGACCUCAAGAUCCCAGUCGUAUAUAGUGGCACGUGAUGACCACGCCCUAGAGGAGAGGAGGAUAUCCGUAGGGUGGGGCAGCCCUACCAAAAGGAAUCAUGGCAUCACCGAAAAGCAACCAAACACUCAUCCAUCAAAAUACCGCAGCGAGCCUGUGCUGAACACUGCUGGCGUUGUCAUGGAAACCAAGCUCCACCGACGAAAGAUUUCCUCUUCACCGUUUCCUACAAGGAAACCCAACAUAAAUACGGUGAUCCAGGGGAGGAUAGUGGAGGGUUUGGAUAUUCUGACGAAGCGCGUCAAUGAGGAGAACGAGAAAGACGACAUCGUCCAGGAGUGGCAAUACGCCGCCACCGUACUAGACAGGUUAUUCUUCAUGAUCUUUGUUAUCAUCAUGAUGAUACCGCUGGCCGUGUUUUUCUUCUCAUCGCCCGAGGAACAGCCCCCCGUGACAUGAUCCACGACAAGAAACUGUUGCGUUACUAUGUCCUUCAUAUGCCACGACAAGGAACUGUUGCGUUACUAUAUCCUUCAUAUGCCACGACAAGGAACUGUUGCGUUACUAUGUCCUUCAUAUGCCACGACAGGGAACUGUUGCGUUACUAUGUCCUUCAUAUGCCACGACAAGGAACUGUUGCGUUACUAUAUCCUUCAUAUGCCACGACAAGAAACUGUUUCGUUACUAUGUCCCCCAUAAGUCACGACAAGGAAUUGUUGCGUUACUAUGUCCCCCGUAUUCACUGCGUGGCACAACCUGGAGCUGUUGGAUCUCAUUAUUUUAACGAGGAGGACGUUUGCUAAAGUACUUAUACAACAAUUAGGCUUCCGUGUUUUUUUGUGUGUGGUAAUUAUAGUCACAUUUCAGUGCAGUAGCAGGCCUUGAAAUAUUGGGGGGGGGGGGGGGAGGUACCAUACAGAAACAUUAAGAAAAUUUUAGAGGUCCCACCCAAGCCUUUACUGGUCAUUUCCUUAUAACGUUUGAAAAUAUUGGGGGGGGGGGGGGGUGCCCCCGUUCACCCACCCCCUGCUAUGGCCCUACAACAAGUAGUAACGAGGAAAAGACGACACAAGCAAGGACAAAGGCAGUAAAACUUCGAGGCUAUAAAUAAGAGGAUAAUUAGGAAGUACGAAAAGCAGCCGUCCCUUGGAAUGAUCUUCGUGGGGGUUAUUGAUCUAGCCGUCCCUUGCUAUUUGCUUUUUUUAACCAAAGAAUUAUGCCUCAGUUUAAUGAUUGUAAAUUUAAGUUUUUUUUACUUAGAUUGAAAUUCUCAUAUGAAAUAAAAUUACUUUUGAUUCAGAA